AUGGCUACCUAUACCAAUCAUUGCCUCUACCAGGUGUAUAAGCUGUGCGAAAGAGAGUUCGCCUCAUGGCUCGCCAGAACAACAGCAAAGCAUGGACAAGGAACCCCGUCGCCCGACGGAAGUGAACCCAUUCCCCUCGACCACUGGCCCAGACUUGCGAGGUCCAUCGUUCAAAACAAGGAUAACAUACCCAGCGAAGCAAUACAUAACCUGAACUCACUCAUCGAAUACCGAGAGCGAAUCGUCUUGGACAAUUUCCCAUUUCUGUCUCGUACGGCAUUACUGACACUGCGAAGUGUUCGAUCCAUCCUGAUGGACGAACCCGAGGCUUCUGAACCCGAGGCUUCUGAGCCCGAGGCUUCUGAACCCGAGGCUUCGGAUGAAGCAUUAUUCUCCUGGCUCUGCUUCUUUAUCGACAUCUACUCGGUGCGCCAUAGCAUUAGCUGUAUCUGGUCCCAGUACAAGAACCAGAAAACGAGCUUGAUCAACGCAUCCCUCGUCACAAACACGGCAAUCCAGAUCGUCAAAGGAAUGUGUCAAGUCCAUCUCGAGGACACCAAAGAUCUCCCGGGUGCGCCAGAUACAAAAUAUCACGGCACUUGGGUUUUUGACAUUGUCAACAUCCGUUCCGGAAAACUCCCUCUCAUAGUGUCGGAAGAGGAGUGCACAACUGCAGAAUGGUGUUGCCAUGAAGCGUAUUUCCAUCUGAGAGGGGCCUCCGAAGGGUAUGCCUCGAACGAUCUCUGGCAUGCGAGUCAUAGCCUACCCAAAACCAGCUCCACUUCGGUGAAAACAGAUCUGAAGAAACCCGGACCCGAAAGGCUCAAGAAUGACGGCGUUUGGGCUGCCUGCAUGUUAGGCCAUCUCCACAAUUUCACGUCCGUCAGCAGUCGGGGCUCAGAGGAUAUACUUGGUCCGUAUCUCGACGACAUCACAUUCGGCUGGAGAGAUUGGGUGCUUGUGGAUUCCAAAAAGUCCAAAAGUCGAAAGCGGCAGAAGCGAACAGCCGACGAGACAUUUCCUGAGUUGGAAGACGACAUUCCCAACAUUCCCUUGUGGCUCAUAAUAUCCUUCCAAAUACUGCUUGACAUCCGGCAUGAGCUCCAGGAAGACCUCCAAAAGGGGUUCAAUCAGCUCAAAGAGUUCAGCAAGAUAAUGAUUCGUGACAUCCGGAAACGUCCACUAAAUGAUGAUUCCUUCGACAUUAUCCGUUUUGUCGGGAAAUGUGUCGACAAGGAUGCCUUUUCAAAACUGCUUCGCGAGACCUCGAAUCAAGGCGUGGCCGGCGGAAACCGGGAGCCCGAACACUAUUUGCUGAAGAACCAUCCGUUGCUCUGUGGCAUGCAGGCGUUUUGGAUGCAGCAAAAGUGGCGGUCUGCUGUGGCCCAGAUCAUCGAUCGGAGCUGGCUGAUUCCGGCAAUGUACUUGUACAUGGGACUCCGACUUGAGGGACUCGUCGAUGUAUGGGACGACAUGGAACACGUCAUUAAUGUACAGGGUGCGAUGUUCAUCCGCAACUUGAGCGCCGCAACACCUGAUGCCGGCUUGAGACUGACAACACUUGACCAGGUUUGCGAUGCUCUUUCGUCGAACAUGGUGCGCGUUAUGGGACCAUCAUCUAUCCAAGGCAUCUAUUUAAUGUUCGAGGAUGGCAACUGCGAGUUGAAAUCGGGAUGGCCAUACGCCCUGUCUACUCUCGCUCUGAUCAGGACGGCGGCUAGUGCUGGACUGAAGUCCGAUCACUACCAUGAAAAGCUACUUCAAAAGGGUCUCAACCCAAGAGAGGUGUUGCUUCUCGUUGGGGAUGCCCUUGAACAAGAAGAGAUAGCAGCACACAUCGACUGGAACAGACUCCAGGCACGAUGCCAGAAGUGGCUAGAACCCCUCCAUACCUUUUACGACCAGCAGUUUCACAUGCUGCUUAACAAGACUGACCAAUACAAGGCCAGCAUUCGGCCACCAGGCGUCACCAGACAACUGCUCACACUGGUACACGCAAAUGCGUGCCCGCUGAGUUCGGAGAAGGGGAACCGUCUCGCGUAUAACCUCCUUGGUCGGACUGUCUACGACGACUUCGACGCUGAUACGCGUUCUACGUGGUUGUGGCUAGCCAAUGAAAUUGGGUUCUCUUUACCGACCGCCGCGGAAUACCUGAGACCGAUCAUUGAAGGAGAGGGAUUUGCCGAGGUCAAGGAAGCUUCACGCAAGUUCCGCGAGAUGAACCUAUUCGACCAGGAGGAGGAACUUCAACUUUGA